AAGCUCUGAAGUCGAAGCAAAGUUAAUUACAGAGAGAGAGAAAGGAUGGAGAGAGAACUCAGACGACCGAACCCAAUCAACAGCUCUCGCCGGCCGGAGAUAUUUUCUUCAGGCGGUAGUAGUACUCAACUACCGGAAAGCCCACGAGGCCCAAUGGAGUUCUUGUCUAGAUCCUGGAGUGUCUCUGCCUUGGAAGUCUCCAGAGCUCUCCACACCGCCAAAUCAGCUUCAGCCACCAACAGGCCUCCCUCAUCCAUUAACACUCCGAUACCGGAAGAAACGCUAAACCCUGAGAAAGAAGAAUGUCCGCCGGAGAACAGUACUAGUGUUAGUAGCCAGUUCUCGUUCGCUGCCUCGGCCACUUCACAGCUUGUUCUUGAGCGCAUAAUGUCUCAAUCGGUACGGUUACAUAGUUAUGGACCGACCGACACACUCUGUUUUUGUAUCUUGAUGAUGAGUUUAUUCUGUUUUGAAAAAUGAAGGAGGUGUCACCGUUAACGUCGGGGAGGCUAUCACACAGCAGCGGCCCACUCAACGGCGGCGGUUCUUUUACGGAGACAGACAGUCCUCCUAUCUCCCCUUCCGAUGAAUUCGACGACGUCAUCAAGGAAUAGGAAUGUUACGGUAACGCCUAGAGCUCCUCUUUGGUUGGCUCAUUUUAAGAAAGUUAUCGGUAAAUGCUUUUAGAGCGAGCAGUCACUUUACCUCCAUUUCCAAGCAGUUCAUUAAUCCUUUAUUUGCUUUUUGUAGUCCAAUAUAAUGCCAUCAACUUGUUGGAUUUUUCAUUAAGUCAGCCUAUCUAAUAAACCAAUCCUAAUGCAGUAUUUUCGCACCCACAACACCAUACAUCCUCUCUUCUCCGGCACAGGAGGCAGCCGUGGUACCACCGGAAAUGGGAGCAAUACCCCCAUGGCUGGAACCGGUCCAAAGACAGUUGGUAGGUGGCUCAAGGACCGUAAGGAAAAGAAGAAAGAAGAGACUAGGACUCAGAAUGCACAGGUUCACGCAGCUGUUUCUGUUGCAGCGGUUGCAUCUGCUGUGGCAGCUGUAGCAGCAGCCACAGCAGCUUCUUCCCCUGGUAAGAACGAGCAGAUGGCCAGAAUCGAUAUGGCCAUGGCUUCAGCGGCUGCUCUGGUGGCUGCUCAGUGUGUGGAGGCUGCAGAAAUCAUGGGAGCAGAUAGGGAUCAUUUGACAUCCGUGGUGAGCUCUGCCGUGAAUGUUAAGUCCCAUGACGAUAUUGUCACCCUUACUGCAGCUGCUGCAACAGCUCUGCGAGGAGCAGCUACACUCAAGGCAAGAGCGCUUAAGGAAGUAUGGAACAUAGCUGCAGUAUUGCCAGCCGAGAAAGGGGCAAGUUCAGCGUUGUGUGGACAGGUUGACACAAAGCAUAGUGAUAGCAGCUUUAGUGGAGAAUUACCUGUGGCUGGGGAAGACUUCCUUGGCGUCUGUAACCAGGAAUUACUAGCUAAAGGCACUGAGCUCCUCAAACGAACUCGUGGAGGUGAACUCCACUGGAAGAUUGUCUCUGUCUACAUCAACAAAGCAGGCCAAGCUGUGCUGAAAAUGAAAAGUAAACACGUUGGAGGGACCUUCACAAAGAAGAAGAAACAUAUGGUGCUUGAAGUGAGAAAGGAUAUACCUGCAUGGGCUGGCAGAGAUCUUUUCAACGGAGACAAGCAUCACUACUUUGGCUUAAAGACAGAAACAAAGAGGGUCAUUGAAUUUGAGUGCAGAAACCAAAGGGAAUACGAGAUAUGGACUCAGGGCGUAUCCAGGCUACUUGCCAUUGCUGCUGAGAAGAAGCAGAAAAGUUCCAUGUCCAAAUGGAUGGCACCUUAACAACAUAAGCUAGGAAAGAAGUAGAUGCUUUGUAGAACGAACUGCUUAUGAUAAGAAUAGGUUUAAACAUAAUGGAGUAGAAGACAUUCCCUUUUGUAAUAUCCUUUUAUUCAAUUGAGUGAACAGAGAUGACUUCUAAAGCUAACAACAACCUUCACAAGUACAAAUGUAUUGGAUUCUCCUAUCAUGUUACAAGCAGUGAUCAACAUUUCUUUAC